AUGGGAUUCUCCAGGCAAGAAUACUGGAGUGGGUUGCAUGCCCUCCUCCAGGGGAUCUUCCUGAUCCAGGGAUCAAACCCGUGUCUCAUACACCUGCCUAUAUUGACAAGCUUGUUCUUUACCACUAGCGCCACCUUGGAAGCCCUACUGUCUGGUAAGACUGGCUUUUCCAUUACCUACCCAGACUUACCUGCUGCCAUCUCGAGAGACAGAAAAGUAGUAUUUCCAACCUUCUACAUGAUGCAAGACUGCACCCUGCCUUUCUCUAGAAAUGGUUGCCGAGAACUUCAGCACACUCUUCUGGAUGUUCUCAACCGGGAGAAGUGA